UCACAUCCAACACAAUCCAAAGUGAUCCGGCCAUCUCUUCAGCUUAUUCAUCAACACUUUCUAUCUUUCCAAGUUUCUACUUAUUUUCCUACUCUUUUUCAACCUGCAAACAUGCAUAUCCCAUCAUUCUGUCAGGCUGCCGCCGUUGGCAUGGCUUUCUAUGCUAUGGCCGCUGUAGCUGCUCCCGUGAAUGAGCCUGAUGCCACGGGCAUUGCAAAGCGCAUUGCCGGAACAUCUCCCAAUGUGGACAGCAUGCCGGACAUGAGCAACGCCGCUCCUAAGAGCGGUGAUAAGGACGCGCUUUUGACCACGAGUGACAAGAACAAUGGGGUUACUCAGGACCGCAGCCGCAAGUGCCGACGCGACGUGGAUGGCAAACGAAGGGACUGUGACUACGAUUACUACGAUUACUACGGCGACGACGACGAUUAUGGACGCCGAGGCAGAGGCCGCGGCGGACGGCACGGUGACCGUGACGGAGACUACUACAACCGCGCCGUCCAGAACGAAGCGGACAAGGACGGCAAAGAUCUCGGCAAGCGCCGUGACGACGAUGGCCCCGACGGUGGUGGACGCCGAGGAGGCAGAGGCCGGGGAAGAGGCCGAGGAGGCAGAGGACGCGGUGGCCGUGGCGGUGAUCGUGGCGGAGACUACGACGACCGCGCCGUCCAAAACGAAGCGAACAAGGACGCCAAAGAUCUCGGCAAGCGCGGUUACGGCGGUGAUUACCACGGCUAUCAUGGCGAUGACUCGUACGGCCAUCACGGCUAUGAUUCGUACGGCCACCAUGGUUAUGAUUCGUACGGCAAUUACGGCAAUUACGGCGAGCACGGCUAUCAUCGCAACUGAUACGACAUCCAUGACAGAGGAAGACGAGGAGGCGAGUGCGGCGACAAGGGGGGGAGAAGACGGAGGGAGGGAUGGGCCCCGGCUCUAGGAGGAGGACUCUUAGAAUUGUCAAGGCCGCGGAUGGACCGGGAACAACGAGAAAUUCGGAACGCGUAUUGAUUCUUUUCUACUUUCAUUUUGUCGCCAAACACUCCGGGUUGGAGCAUCGGUAGGGCUUGAAGGAAGUUCG